AGUUACAAACUGCAAAAGAAACUACUACACCACUAAGCAAAAUAAACUAAUUGUAACUGCCACAUUAAGAGACUUGAUCUCACACGCUAACAGAAGGCAACCCUGACGGGAUUGAUGCUGGCUGGUUGGGGAUGGUUGACAAACUUGAUUGUGUAUCUGAUUGAGGAGUUCAAUGUGAAGAGUAUCGAUGCUACUCAGAUUACAAAUGUUGUCACUGGUGGCGUCAAUCUGCUUCUCAUCAUUUCAACAAUUCUUGCUGACUCUUUCUUGGGAUCCUUCUCUGUGGUUGCAAUUUCUUCCUGUUUCUCUUUGCUGGGAGUGGCUCUCCUGACGUUAACAGCAUCAAUUAGCUCCUUGAGGCCUCCACCAUGUGACACUGGAUCAAGCUUAUGCCAAGCUCCAUCAAGGCUUCUUGGAACACCAACAGAAUCUGAUCUUGGAUUUGUUCAAAAUGAGGAUGCAAGGAGAUAUAUCAGACAGCUUCCAUCUCAUCAACGUCAACCAUUAGCCUCAGUUUUCCCAAAUGUUCAUCCAUUGGCCAUUGAUCUUGCCGAUGGAAUGUUGACAUUUGAUCCCACAAGAAGAAUUACUGGCAAGUUUAUUAGCCAUUAUAUUGCUUCUGCAUACACUAGCCUUUUUAAGAUACACUUGUUUUCUUCCUCUUCUUCUUUUGUCUUUUUGAAAUUCACUCUGAAUGAAAGUGUUUUUUUCCAUUUUUUUUGUGCAGUUGAAGAAGCACUAGCACAUCCAUACUUAGAAAGAUUGCAUGACAUAGCUGAUGAACCAGUCUGCCCAGAGCCAUUUUCCUUUGAUUUAAGCAGCAACCAUUGGGGGAAGAGCAGAUAAAGGACAUGAUUUACAGGGAGGCCUUAGCUCUGAAUCCAGGGCAUCCUUAUUAAAUAUGUAUUAAAUCUUGUUCCUAGUUUGUUUGAUAUGUGCUUCAAUCUCCUAAGCAACCAGCUCAAUUAUAGUUUGAUGCAAAAUUUUUGGUGGUUGAGAAAAUGCAACCCAGCAUGAUGGGUUACAGAUUGAAGUUUCCAAUUUUUGCAUCUGCAAUGUAUUUGGGAUAGCUUUCCUCAGUGGAGCACCUGUAACUGCCUAUUCACUUAAUUGUCACAAAGUCAGUCCCCUUGCAAGCUCCAUAAGCCUGUAAAACUUCAGAAUUGAUGCUUCUCCCUUUCUGAUAUGUGUUUAGAUUGUGUUUAAAUUUUUUAAUAUCUUCUGAAUGUAUCACAUGCCUUUGUUGCAACCCUUGAUUUGAUUUAUUGUAAGUUAGACUCAAAUAUCUUGUUGUGAAAUAUAUAAAUGAAAAGAAUUAUAUUUU